AUGGAUACCAGAGGGCUUGGAUCUCAGCUAGAAGACAGUAUUCCAGUUACUGAGCUAUCCGCAAGUGGACCUUUUGAAAAUCAUGAUCUUCUUCGAAAAGGUUUUUCUUGUGUGAAAAAUGAAGUUUUGCCCAGUCAUCCUCUUGAAUUAUCAGAAAAAAAUUUCCAGCUCAACCAAGAUAAAAUGAAUUUUUCUACACUGAGAAACAUCCAGGGUCUGUUUGCUCCACUAAAAUUGCAAACGGAAUUCAAGGCAGUGCAACAGGUUCAGCGUCUUCCAUUUCUUCCAAGCUCAAACCUUUCACUGGGUAUUUUGAGGGGUAGUGAUGAGACUAUUGGAUUUGAAGAUACUCUUAAUGACCCAUCACAAAGUGAACUAAUGGGAAAACCACACUUGAUGGUGGAACAUAAACUUGGUUUACUGUAAUGCAGUGUGCUGACCACAGAAAUGGAGGGGCGACAUCUUGUUUAUAAUCAUCUUUUUAUUAUCAUUUUAUGUAUACAACAUUAAAAGUACUGACACAUG